AUGCCGCCCCAAACACAACACACCAUAAGCCACUGCACCACCUUCCUCAUCCUCUGCGGCUUCUUCCUCGCACUCUUCCCCAGCCUCUUCGUCAAGCUCACCUGGUCUCCCUACAACUACAUCUUCCCCCCGCCACCACCCCAAUCGCCGCCCGUCUGGUGCUCCGCGCCGAACAUCUGCGCGCCGCCGACCACAAUGUCGUGGUUCCAAAAAACCCUCACCCUCCCCUCCAAAUCGCGCGGCUCCUACCUCGUCACCGACACCAUCGUGCGCGAGCUGCCCGAGCUCAAAUCCUACAAGACCGGCCUCCUCCACCUCUUCAUCCAGCACACGUCCUGCGCGCUCUCUCUCAACGAGAAUUGGGACGAGGAUGUCCGCGCCGACAUGAGCGACGCGCUGGACCGCAUUGUGCCCGAGGACAGGAAGGGCGGGCUGUACCGCCACGAUGCGGAGGGCCCGGAUGAUAUGCCUGCGCAUGUGAAGAGCGCGUUGGUGGGCGCGAGUGUGACGAUUCCGAUUACGGACGGCAGGCUGAAUACGGGCACGUGGCAGGGGAUUUGGUAUCUGGAGUUCAGGGCGAGUAGGCAUAGCAGGAAAGUGGUGGCUACGAUUCAGGGAGAGAAGAUGUGA